UCUGCGUCUUGAGAGUUGCGAAUGAAAUGAAAGUGUAUCUGCAAGAGUUACACUAAAAAGACAAAAUAUGAGGCCGCAGACCACAUAAAAGCAAAGAACAAGAAGUUCUUGCGUUUCUCGAGCUCUGUGGCCGAACGACCGGACCGCUCAAGCUAAGCUGGUCAUUGGUAGCACCUGCACCAAGCUGCUCCUGCGCACCUUUCGCAAAGGCAAAGUCGUGCGGCUGGAGAUAAUUGUCACGACGACCACGGAUCUGGGUCUGCAACCAACAAAAGUUCGAGCUUCCUGCUAACGCUCGCGCGUCCUCCAGGCCAACAAGGCAGCUGUCCUAGGAAGAAACGCAACUUUAAAAAUGGAAGGAGACUACGUAUCCGAGACGCAGCAGAAGAUCGGCUCUCUGAUCACCAAGCCGAAAAUGACCGAGAAGUACCUGAAAAAACCGCCCUUCCGGUUUCUCCACGACAUAGUACUUACUUUUCAUAUCAAAAUUCAUUAAAUCGAUUUUCCAUGCAUGCUGUCGCUGGUUUCAGUGCGCUUGCAAACAGAUCAUACUACUAGCAUCAGAAGAGCAAGAUUGAUUAACUCCUGCCUGAAGGUGAUGGAGGUGAUUCGAGUGACCGGGUUUGCGAACAAUUUGUUCACUGAGGCGGAGCAGGACGCGGGCAGCAUGACGGACAAAAAUGCAAAGAUCGAUUUUCUCACGAAAAUCAUUUCCGCCACCUACUUCGCUACUGGUCUAGACGGGUGCGACGUGCUACCAAACAAAAUUGUUGCCGGGCUCGAGUGCGAAAAAACGAACGCGUGGCUGUGCCAGCUGCACGCUGCUGCAACCUCCUACAAGGCCAACAGCAACUCCGCAGUGCAGCGCGUAUUGUAACUGAAUUCAUUUUUUUCUCGACGAGGCGCAAUAAAGUUUCUCGUAGUUGUUUUCAUCAUGAUAUCGUUUCGCGCAACAGGUAGCGACGAUUCAUCUUCUUGCACUUUAAGUUUAACGCAAGUUGUACCGCAUGUCCUGUGCGUUUUCGCAGGAUUGUUUCGCUAUUUUUUCACAGGUCUUGGGGGGCGAAACUACGAUUUCCAAGCCGGCAAAAAAGGCUGCCGCACCGCCGCCCGCAGCGCCCGCUCCACCAUCACCCGCGCAGCCAGAGCAGCCCUCCAGCAGCAGUGCAGCUCCGAAGCGGGAUUCGCCAGCCUCCUCCAAGGAAAAGCGAGGGUCUCCGUCGACGCAAAAAUCCCCCGGUAUGCAGCGAGGCUCGCCCGAUCGACGCGCCGCACGGGAGCAAGAAGAGCAACAGAGAAAGAUGAUGGAGGAGCAACAGCGGCAGGAACGGAUUAAGCAGCAAUCACUGGUACUUAUUUUUCCAUAGAACAGCACGUGUCGGCAUUUAUUUGAUUUUGCUUUUCAUUUUUGUACCUUGCCGGCAUAAGAUAUGCGUGCUGUGUAAGUAUAGUCAAUGCUGACAUUCAUCAAGUUACACCAGCUAAACUAAUGCAACGGAAGUAGAGAAAAGUUGCGUCAAAACUCAGGAAGCGGAACAGGCACGACUGCAGGCACAGCAAGCAGAGGCAGUCCGAAUGCAGCAGGCUGCGGAAGGUAAUAUUAACUGACGCAAAGAAUGAUCGCAAUACUGUUUCUUUGUGAUGUUGCAACGUGCAGCAAGCCAACCCAAGAAUGGGAGUGGGAGUGCUAGAUGUGAUGUACGUGCAUAAGCUGCAUUUUCACGAACUUCGUGUCUCCAUCUUCAAACAGUGGCGCGACCAUCAUCUGCCCAGUCCGGCCAGAGGCAUCGCAUCGCAGAACAGCAACAGAAAAGCCCAGAGCCAGUGGUGCAGCAGCAGCCUGCCCCGGUGCCGCGCGAAAGGCCACGGACCGCCGGACGAAAACCCCCCCGAGUAUAAGAGACGCGCUACAGCUGUUCCUGUUUGUGUUAGUUUGUUCGUCUGUUACUUACUUAAUAUCAUCCUCGCGCUAGGUUACGUUAUGACUUUAUAUAGACAAGCGAAAGCGAGGAACAGCACCUCCACCCUCCUAGUAGUACUCUGCAGUGGAUAAAAUCCAAAUCUAAAAGGUCAAGAAAGCAGUUGAGCCAACGCCAACGACUGGUGGCCCACCCGUACAAAUUAUUGCGGAUGACGAACAAGAUGAGGAAGAAGAGGAGCAGGGAGUUCGUCUUCCAACAUCCGCAACGACGGGCACCGUCGGAAAUUACAACAUUCAGGACGAAGGCGGUCAUGGCAAGUUGGUAUAGAUAUUUCGCGUUUUUGAACUGCUUUUUGCGCCUCCUCGUCCUCGCCCGCGUGCUUCCAUCUUUGCAGCUUCUUCGCCUAUAUCCGCCACUCAUAGUUUGUGCGUGGCGACUGCAUGGGAGGAGCCUUUUCCUUUAUUUGCUAGAUAUUAAUAAUAUUUUCAUGUGACCUUGUGCAGGUUUUCGUGUCUGAUCACAGGUUCGCGAGAUUCUCGAAGAAAAGAAAGCGCUGGAGAGCCAACAGGCAGCUGCCGAGCAGGACGCGAAGUCAGAGUCUGCCGACGGGGGUGGCAUCGUGAUGGGUAAAUUGCGCCGCGGCAAGAAGAAAACCGCGGCAGCCUCGAGUGCUGGUGGCGUCUCGGGUCAGGCGGGCGGCGUGGGUUCGAGCCUCGGCGCAGGUGCAGGAAGCCAGCAGCUUCGGUCCACUUCCGACGUCGGAAAGCUGCAGGAAACCGUCCAACUGCUGUGCCAGGCCGCCAACCCCUUGGGCAAAUCUAUGGAUUUGGUACACGCCGACAUUAGCAGCAUGGCGAAAGAGCUGGACUAUUGGAAAAACGAGUAUUUGUUUAUCAAUGCUGAGUAUUUGUUUAUCAAUGCGCAGUCUUCACUCUUUAUUUUUUCAUACACAGACACACCGUUUCAGUUUCUGCCUCAUCAAGGACGAACGUUUCAAGAGCAUGCUGCUCAAUCGGCAUCGGCCUAGCAGCCCUCUACUCGGUCCAGCAGUGCGCGUAUUGCAGGACGCAUGACCUGCUGCUGCUACUUCAUAUUGCUCAACACUCGAAUCAGCAGCUUCAGCUGUCGGGAGCAUGAGACGGUCUCCACCGCAUAAAGAAAAACGACACAUACUUUUUUCAGGUACCGUCAAGCAGUGGAGUCCUGCCGCACGGAGCUGAAAACCACAGAGGAAAUCCUUCAGAAAAGCUAUCAGUCGGUAGCCGAGGUCGAAGAGCGCAUACAGGAGGAAACCAGCAAAAUCCACAGCGCAAGGGCCCGAGUACUCAAAAAUGAUCAGGUCAUUCGAAACUUGCUGCAAGCGGUCGUCAGUUCGCACUCCUAA